UCAAUGUUUUUAGCAUUAGUUUUGACAAUUGUAAAAUGACAACUGGGAAUUGACGUAGAGAUUAAAACCAAACUUGUUUUCAAAACUAUGUUGAAUUGUUAAACAGCAUAGCAGCUGCACAGUAACAAAUUCGACAGACAACAUAAGGAAGGAAGCGAAAUAAAAUAAUUUAAUAUUUAUAUUAAUUACACGACUGAAUUUUACUGAAAUGGCACAUCACCCAAUUGUUUCUAUUACUCGCCGUGAAACAUUUAGUUCCUGCCACAGGCUGCACAGUCCAUUUUUGAGUGAUGAGGAUAAUAAAAAACUGUAUGGAAAAUGCAAUAAUCCAAACGGUCAUGGACACAAUUAUGUUGUUUUGGUGACUGUAAAGGGACCGGUAGACCAGAACACGGGCAUGGUGAUGAAUGUUCACGAUCUGAAGCAGUACAUGCACCAGGCUAUAAUGGACCCAUUAGAUCAUAAGAACUUGGAUCUAGAUGUACCUUACUUCAAAACAGUGGUGAGUACAACUGAAAAUCUGGCCAUAUACAUCUGGGAUCAGUUACAGAAGAUCAUGGAGAAGCCGUAUUUGUUGCAUGAGGUGAAGAUCUUGGAGACUGAGAAGAAUCACGUUGUUUACCGCGGUGGUUCCACAUAUCCUAGGAAGAAAAUUAACCCAUCCAACUUACAUACAAACCACCACGAUGUGUCAUCUGACUCGGACUGAUAUUAUAAAUAGACAUAGAUAAUACUAAGCAAUGAUUUUCUUCACAACAUUCAUUGAUGUUCAAAUGUAUUCGCUUAAACAUUCACAAUACCAUAGACAAUACAUAAUUUUAAGUUAACCUAAACCUUUUUUUAUCUAUAAAAAGUAAUGUUUUUGUAGUAUUUAGAUAUAAAAAUGCCUCAUGAUAUAUUGGGCCUUUGUUAUAGAUAUCUAAAAAUAUAUAUGUGCUUAUGCUUUAAGAAAAAACUGUUCAGAUUAAUAUUGUAAUCUUGUAUUAGGAUCUAUUUUAAAAAUAUACAUUUACAUAUAAAUAUUUGUGGUACCUUAAUAUUUUUAUGUAUACAUUUGUAAAUCUCGAAUCAAUUCAAUAUUUUGUAUGCUAUUCGGUAUUAAUACCAUGAGACGUAAUGUAUGAAUAGAAUUUUUGGACAAUACUUAGAGAUGGUUAUCGUUAAAUAAAUAAAAUACACUUAUAUAUAA